CUUUGCUCCUGCACCCACGACCGACCAACAAUUCAGUCGUGCUAAAAACAGGCACUUGCUUUCUACGCCUCUCAUUCUGACGCCCGACACUUAUAAGCCGCUAUGCCCCCAACAAUUGAUCCUGUGUUGAAAGACAAACCCGCCAACCCUCCUGUGGUUGUCCCAAGCGGCGGUGGCAACAAUAUCAUCGUCCGUCCGGUACAGAGAGGAAAUCCCGUUCUUGAAGCUAUAAAGCAUGUCGGGAAGGAAUAUGGCGACAUUGUGGCAGACUUCCAAGUCGGUCGAACAACAGGAGUCUUAUUCCUGAGCCUCAAAUAUCACCGACUACACCCCGAAUACGUGCACUCGCGUAUCGAGAAGCUGGGGCACAGCUAUACCCUACGCAUCUUACUCAUCUUGUGCGAUGUUUCGGAGCAUCGAGAUCCCAUACGGGAGUUAACGAAGACCUGCCUCAUCAAUAACAUCACCGUCAUCGUAGCUUUUUCCGUCGACGAAGCCGGCCACUAUCUCGCCACCUUCAAGCAGUUCGAGAACCGACCACCAGACAUGAUCAAGGAGCGCGUGGACAAGGACUACAAUUCUGUUUUGCGCUCGGCGCUUACGAGUAUCAGCAAGGUCAAUAAGACGGACGUGGAGACGUUGCGGACGUCGUUUGGGAGCUUCGCCGACAUCGCCCGCGCCUCCUCAGACCAGCUUUCCAAUCUCCCAGGCUUCGGACAGGUCAAGGUCAAAAACAUCAAGAACGCAUUCGAAAAGCCCAUCCGAAAUAAGGCGACGAGCGCGCUGCCAUUCGUUCCGUCGCAGGCUUCUCAGCAGAGCUCGAUGGCCUCGUCGUCUCAGGCUUCUACGUCGCAACGAAGCUCGACGGCGGGCGCAGGAUCGUCAGCGUUAGCUACGCCGUCGCCUGCCGCCAUCGCCGGACCCUCGACGACCUUAACAUCUUCAGCCGCAUACUCUUCCUCCACCUUAGGUCCCUCGCACUGCACACCCGCCACACCAUCCGCUCCACGACCGGGCGCGCGAUCCCCCAGCCCAGAAUGGGACAUCGAGAAGGACCUCAGCCCGGAACCUGAAGCGUCUUCUAAACCUCGCCCACCGAGAUCACCUUCACCCGUAUGGGAUAUUGAGCUGGAUCUUAAUUGAAGUUUUCGUGUAGAAGGGUCAUGCAUGGACCUUCAUACGGAUUACAGGAUAUUAUAUAUGUUUGCUAGUACAGAA